UUGUUAUUGACUAAUUUUAUGUGGGAUAGGAAUUAUCGAAAAAAAAAAAAUCGAGAUUUGUGGUCGAUUGAGAGACCCUACAAGCUUUGUUUGACAUAUGUCGGUUUGAUUUACCAUUACGGUUUCCCGAACCAACGGAUGAUCUGAGAGACAGAAAGGAAUGUUUGGAUGCAAAUGUCUCUAUUGGAACAAUCUCACAGAAUUACCGCCAUUGAAGCAACCUCAAACCUUCUCGCUCCCUGCUUCUCUCCCCCACUGGCCUUCAGGUCAAGGCUUUGCUUCCAGAAGAAUCAUUCUUGGCAAUUUAGAAGUAGCCGAGAUAAAUUCAUUUGAAUUCUUAUGGCGAUACGUCUCUCCUCGAGACAAGACCAAGUCUGUCUCCUUCUACAAACCCGACAAAAUACCUGAAAGCUUCCACUGUUUAGGACAUUACUGUCAGUCUGAUUCUCACCUCUUGAGAGGUUUUGUUCUUGUAGCAAGAGAAGUCGUCAAGUCUGCACUUGCGAAGCCACUUGAUUAUACAUUGGUCUGGACCUCCAAUGACUUAUCAGAAGAAGAACCUAAAAGCGGUGGCUGCGGUUACUUCUGGUUACCGCAGCCUCCACGUGGGUAUAAACCGGUCGGAUUCUUGGUUACAACGAGUCCCUCGAAACCUGAUUUGGAUCAAGUUAGGUGUGUUCGAGCUGAUCUAACCGAUAAAUGUGAAGCACAUAGAGUCAUUAUCACCGCGUUAUCAGAUUCUUUGAGAGUUCCUCUGUUUAUACGGAAAACAAGACCUUCAGACCGCGGAAUGUGGGGCAAAGGAGUCUCUGCAGGUACAUUCUUCUGUAGAACUCCGUUGAUGAUCUCCACGGAGGAGAUGGAAGAAGAUCAUCUCUGUACCAACAUCACUUGUUUGAAAAACCUUGAUUCUAGUUUACACGCAAUGCCAAAUUUUGACCAGAUCCAUGCUUUGAUUCAACACUAUGGUCCGACAGUUUUCUUCCACCCUGAUGAAGUCUAUUUACCUUCUUCAGUCUCUUGGUUUUUCGAGAACGGUGCCGUUUUGUGCAGCUCUGAUUCUGAUAUCCAAGAACCUCUUGCUGAAAACGGCUCCAACUUGCCUCACGGUGGAACCAAUGAUAAACUGUUUUGGAUUGAUUUGCCGAAUAAUGACGAACUGAGAAGAAAGUUUCUGAAGCGAGGAGAUCUUGAAUCCGCCAAGCUCUAUGUUCAUGCUAAGCCAGCGUUCGGAGGGACCUUCACUGAUCUUGUGUUUUGGAUUUUCUGUCCUUUUAACGGACCAGCGACUCUAAAGCUCGGCCUUGUGAACCUCUCCUUGGCUAAAACUGGUCAACACGUUUGUGAUUGGGAGCAUUUCACUCUCCGAAUCAGCAACUUUUCCGGUGAACUUCACGCUGUUUACUUCUCUCAGCACAGCGGCGGCGAGUGGGUGGAAGCUCAAGAUUUAGAGUUCGUCCAAGGAAGCAAUAAAGCUGUUGUUUACUCGUCCAAGCAUGGUCAUGCAAGCUUUGCUAGGUCCGGGUUGUAUCUACAAGGAUCAGAUUUGCUUGGAAUUGGGAUAAGGAAUGAUACAGCGAGAAGCGAUUUGUUUGUGGAUUCGAGUUCGAAGUAUGAGGUUGUGGCGGCUGAGUAUCUAGGAGGAGUGGUGGUGGAGCCGCUCUGGCUUGGUUAUAUGAGAGAGUGGGGACCGAAGAUUGUGUAUGGAUCGAGGACGGAGAUUGAGAAGUUGAAUGAGAGAUUGCCGUGGAGGUUAAGGUGUUGGGUUGAUGCAGUUUUGAGGAAGCUUCCGGUGGAGUUAUCUGGCGAGGAAGGACCAACGGGACCAAAGGAGAAGAAUAAUUGGUUUGGUGAUGAGAGAUGGUGAUUAUUUUCCCGUUUGAACAGAUAAGUUGAUUUUUGUAAUGAGCUAUUGGUAUGUGAUAUAUGAGCGUGUAUAGUGUUUUGUUUACCACCAAAAUCUAUUAAUGGCUUCCUUGUGAAGUGACCAACUACAGUAUAGUAAAAAAACUCUAUAGAACAUGAUAGUUAUGAAAAUAUUUUAGAAUAUCAAAUAAAAGUUUCUCAGU